AUGGAGGAUAAUUCAUAUUUUGAUGAAGUAGAAAAAUUACUUGAACAUAAAAGUAAGAACAAUGAAAUGGAUAGCAAAAAUGGAAAUGUUAAAAAUAAGGAAAAUAAAAUAAAAGAAUUAAAUAAAACAGAAAUGAAUGGUGAAUCGGACAACUGCAUUCACAAGGAGAUGGAGAAUAAUAAGUAUGAUAAAAAGAAAGAUGAAGAUGAAAAUGAAAAUAAUUAUGAAUAUAGCACAAGAGAAGAUGACGAAUUUAUUUUAAAAAACAAAUCCCAUAGAAAUGAGUUUAAUGGGAGUAUGGAAAGAAGAAAGGGUGUAAAAAAUGAUAAUGGAAAGGGGGAAAAAAAAAAAUCGAGAAAGAAGAGGAGCGAAAGUCAAGACAGCGUUAGUAUUAGUACUAGUAACCUGAAUAAUAGCGCAAAUGAUACUGGUGAAUACCACAAAACUAAUAAAGCACAGAGGGACAAACUCAAGGAAUCAGAUCGAGGCAACAGUGAUGAUAAUAAAAGGAAAAAAAAAAGAAAAGAAAAAGAUAUUGAUAAAACAGGGUACAAAUCAAGUGUUAGCAGUAAGGAAAAGCGUGAAACGUAUACUUCAGAUGAAUCCAUCAGUAGACACAAAGAAAGAAGGAGGAGAAAUAAAAGCAAAGAUAGCACAGUAGGAAAAUUCAGUAGAAAAUCAUCACAGUCACGUGAAAAUGAAGAGAAUGAGGAAGGAAAAGAAAAGAAAGCGAAAAGUAAAAAAAGAAGCGCAAAAGUGAGAGUCAGAAAAAGAAAAAAUGACAAAGAAAGUGACAUUGAUCAUUUGAAUGAUGAUAAAGAAAAUAGUGACGAUGCAAGCAACGACAGUGCAGGCAGUGACAGUGCAGGAAAUGACGAUGCAAGUAAUGACAAUUCAAGUAGUGACAAUUCAAGUAGUGACAAUUCAAGUAGUGACAAUUCAAGUAGUGACAAUUCAAGUAGUGACAAUGCGAGUAGUGACAAUGCGAGUAGUGACAAUGCAAGUAGUGACAAUGCAAGUAGUGAUAGUGAUAAUGAUAGAGGAAGUAAUUUCAGCAAGCGGAAGCGAAGAGAGAAAACAAAAUCUGCAAAAAAGAGAAAUGGUAGAGGACGCAAACAAAAAGCUAAAUCAGAAUCGGGAGAGGAUUCAACUUUAUCGACAGAUUCGGAUAAUGACGAAAAAGAAAGAGGAAGAAGAAGAAGAAGAAGGAGAAAAAAAGAAAAAAAAUUAGAUAUCUUGAAAUCAGAUGAGGAAAGAGAUGAAGAGGAAAAUCGAGAAAAACCAAGGAAGAAACAUAGAAAAACGGGAUCAAGCGAUGAUCAAGAUUCAAUAACAAAAAAGAAACGUGCUUACAGAGAUGGAAAAGAAGAUGAUGAUAACGAUGGGGAUAAGGACAGCGAUAAGGAUGGCAAUAAAGACGGUGAUAUUGAUGGUGAUUUGCAGGAUGGAGAAGGAUCGGAAGGUGAAAAUAGAAAAAAAAGAAAGAAAAAAAGCAGGAAUGAUAAAGAAAGUGAAAGAAAAAGAACAGAAGAUUAUUCCUCGUCGAAUGAAGAAUUGUCGAGUAGGGAAGGAGAUCGACGAAAGAAGCGAAAAAAGAAAAAAGCUAGCUGUAGUAGGAGCGAAUCUGAUUCCAGCAAUGAUGACGAAAAUGAUCGUAAAGCAAGAAGUACCAAAAGUGGAAAAAGGGAGAGAGACAAACAUGAGAGGAGGGAAAAGAGGAAACAUAGUGAGGAAGGUGAAAGUGAGGAUGAUGAUAGAGAUCGGGAUAGAGGCCGAGAUAGAGGCCGAGAUAGAGACAGGGAUAGAGACAGGGACAGAGACAGGGAUAGAGGUCGAGGCAGAGGUCGGGACAGAGAUAGAGAGAGGGAGAGGGAGAAAGAGCGCGUACGAGAACGAAUAAGAAGAGAACGAGAAAGAGAGAAAGAAAGAGAAAAUGCAAGGGAAAGGCUGAGGAAAGAACGAGAAAAAGCAAGAGAAAGGAGAGAAAAGAGAAGAGAAGAACAAAGACUAAAACAAGAACAGGAAGAAGCAAAGAGAGAUGAUUUAACUGUACUAGUAUUAAAUUUAGAUCUAAAAGCAGAUGAAAGAGAUAUAUAUGAAUUCUUUUCAGAAGUAGCUGGAAAAGUAAGAGACAUACAAUGUAUAAAAGAUCAGAGAUCAGGAAAAUCCAAAGGAGUAGCAUAUGUAGAAUUUUAUACACAAGAAUCAGUUGUAAAAGCAUUAGCAGCAAAUGGGUAUAUGCUAAAAAAUAGACCUGUUAAAAUUCAAUCAUCACAAGCAGAAAAAAAUAGAGCGGCAAAAGCUGCAAAACAUCAACCAAUUGAUCCCAAUGAUACUCCUUUAAAAUUAUAUAUUGGUGGUUUAUUAGGACCGCUUGGAAAUAUAACAGAACAAGAAUUAAAACAGCUAUUUAAUCCAUUUGGGGAAAUACUAGAAGUGGAAAUACAUAGAGACCCAUACACAGGUAAGUCCAAAGGAUUUGGAUUCAUUCAAUUUCAUAAAACCUCAGAGGCCAUUGAAGCUAUGGGUGUUUUAAACGGAAUGGAAAUAGCAGGCCGAGAACUGAAAGUUAGCUAUGCCCAAGAUUCAAAAUAUCUCAUAUCAUCUGAAAAAAACGCAAAAGAUAAUUUACAAAAACAGCAAGCAGCUGUAAAGAGUGUUAAAACUGAAGAAAAGAUUGAAGAACCGGAUAAUGAAAAAAUAGACAAUGAUGAUGAUGACGGAGGUGGACUAAUAGCCGGUGCAGGCAGUAAAAUAGCCCUCAUGCAGAAGUUGCAGCGCGAUACUGUAAUAGACACGGGAAUAUCGAGCACAUACACUGCUGGUACCAAUCCUAUCAUCCCCCAACCUCCCCUAGCGAUAUCUGCACAAAAUGGCCUAAACAAUAUCACGCCCAACUUGGUUCUGUGUAAUAUGUUUUCCCCAAAUGAUGAGAACAUUGGUUCUGACCCAGACUUUUUCAAUGACAUAAUUGAAGAUGUUAAAGAGGAAUGCAAUAAGUACGGUAGCGUUGUUAAGAUAUGGUUAGAUACAAAAAAUAUUGAUGGAAAGAUAUAUAUUAAGUAUACAAAUCAUGAUGAAUCUUUGAAAGCUUUUCAAUUUUUGAAUGGGAGAUAUUUUGGGGGUUCUCUUAUAAGUGCAUAUUUUAUCACGGAAGAAAUGUGGGACUCUACAUGUCACUAA